UAGUCAACCAAGACACACAACGCAUAGAUACCAUACGUUGAGAUCUACGACUACCACCGCAGCGAGAGGGGGAGAAGGACCUCCUCACGAGAUCACACGAGGCCUAGGUAGGAGUGCCGCGCCGUCGUCGGCGGCGACAGCUCAGCUAAGUUCUCGCACCCAACAAACUGCAACUGCUGGUUGAGGAUCCAGUUGUUGGUCGCUGCGUUGUCUCCUUCAGAUACCCCGCCGUCUCGAAUUCCGAAAAAAGUAGUACGGCCUGAAGUUCACAAGUAGCGUCAAUGGGGUGCCACGCGAGCAAGCAGGCUAGCCUGAACGGUGAGAUUCGGUCGGAGGAGCUGGCCAAGUGCGCCGCGGUUUCGGGCGAGGUGCGAUGGGUCUGGCUCAGAUCACGGGCUCUCUUCAGCUUCGCGGAACUUCGCUCGCUUUUCAAGCAAUUCCAAGCAGCUCUGCGAGCGUCGUCACAGCAGCAGCAGCAGCAGUCUGGUGAACUUCAAUACCACGACCUGCUGGGCGCCGCGUCCCAGCCGGCGCCCGUCUGCAGCGUGGAGGCCACUAAGGGGGGCGGCGGAGCUCCUUCGUGCGGCGGCGCGCCGGGCUCGGCGAUGAGCAAGGCGCAGUUCCUCUCCCUGUGCGAGUCGAGCGACGCGUUUCGUUUGUCUGAGGUGGUUGGCGCCUUCGGGUCACGGCUCUUCGAUGUCCUCGACGCUAACGGCUUUGGGUUCCUGGACUUCGAGACCUUAGUGCUCGGGCUAAGCAAGCUUCUCAAGGGACCAGAGAGGGAGAGGCUCAAGCUCCUGUACUCCGCCUACGACCUGUCGGGAGUGGCGCCCAGCGAAGAGCGACGGAAAUCGAGCCAAUCGAGCGGAGGCAGCAGCUUGAGCGGCGGAAACAGCACCGCGGGCGGCGGUGGCGGCGGCGGCGGCGGCGGCAAGGCCAAGCCGUCCCGAAGGAGCAAGUACCUCACCCUCGAGGACAUAACGGCCGUCCUCGCCAGCGCCUCGCAGGCAGCGGCCUACCCGGCCCUCUUGAGCUUUACCACGGACGGUAAGGGCGGCAUGACCACCGGCCACCUCAGCGGCGGGGGGGUUAUCGGCGGUGGCGGAGGAGGAGGCACCGGCGGCGAUGGCAUGUUUUGCUGCAGCUGCUGCUGGUGCUGCACGGGUUGCAACGGCGACGGCUGUAGCGGCGGAGCGGGAGCCGGAGGCAGAGGGGGAGGCGGAGGCGGAGGCGGCGACAACGACCGCGGCUGGUGUGGUGGCGGAGAGUGCAAAGGAGGGGCGGAAAAAUCACCCCGAAAUGGGGGGGAGGGUGGGCUCCCCUCAAAGGAGGACAGCCUUAGGGAUAGUGAGGAAGGAAAAAAGGAGGCGUGCGGCGGGAGGGGAGGGGGCAGCAGCAGCAGUAGCAGCAGCUGCAGCAGCGGCAGGAGCAGCAGGCGAGGUUGUAGCGCCAGGGUUAGCAGGGACCCGGAAGCGCUGGCGGAGCUCCUCCGGGAGAUGGCGCAGCGGAAUGCGGAGAGAUACGCGGCGGCGGCGGUGUCGGAGUUCGGCCAGGCGCAGGGGGGCGCCGGGCUGACUCAAAAGGAGUUCGAGAGGUGGGCCCUGACCGGCCCCGUCCUUCGGUGCCGCAUCAACGAGUUCUCGAUAGACCUCAACCUUGCCCCUUUCCGGGGGGUGCGGCUGUGGUGAGAGUGAAACGGGCAGUCCCUAAGAGGGGCGUGCGUUUUGGCAGGUAGGCUUCUGUGUCUUCCGGCGGCGGGGUGUUCUCUUCUGUUCUCUUGUGGUUGUCUGUCGGGGUUCUUGGUGGUGGCGUGGGUGUGGUGGGAAUGCGUGUUGAGGGUAGGCGGAGGAGGGGUUAUUGGGGCCAGUGUUCAGUGGGGGAGGGGGGGGAAGGACAGCGAGGAUUUUCAGCGUAGAGGAGUGUCUGCUUAUGGGGGUAGGGAUGUUUCGGUGCUGGUCUGGUCUUGACAACGACCUGGGUUGUUGCCCUACAGGUGGUCAGGUCCGGGGAGGGAGGAUGGUGCGAUCGGUUCACUCACGUGGUAUUAAUACUUUCGUACAAAGGACCUGCUGUAAUGCGUGCAAACUACAGAUAUGCAGGAGGAUCCAGAUGGCAUUGCGACUGUCAAAACCUCCCUUGUAAUUAUUUUGGCGGCUUGUUAGGCGUGGCAAGAGGUUAUUUACUUUACCAUCAGGUCGGGUAGGAACGGGAUGGAUGAACGCGCCUAAACCCCCGCCCCCGCCGCCGUCGCUCAUCAACUAGCGUACGUAUGAGUCUUGUGUACUUUGCACGUUUGCGCUAGGAGCUCACGUUGAAAUGGCUUGAGGCAAACAGACAAAUUGGGGAGGGGUGUACUAGUAGGGAAGGUAGGCUCUGUAGGUGUAUGACGUAGCUGUAGGCUGUGGGUAAAUCCCACCGACCCUCCGCGCGAUGCAAAGCGCGGAAAACUUGCUUGCAGCGAGCAAGCGCGUGCGAGGAGCAAAUAAAGAAGAAAAGUAGGGCGCGGUGAUGAGAAGGGGAGAUCGAGAUCUCGCAUGGCUCAGAUUUUAUCUUCUUGUUUGUUCUCGUGCCCAGGUGGUGCAGAUAAGUCAGUACAUAAUGGUGAUAUAUGGUGAGAAUUGAUGUCGGGUUGCGUGAGGAUAGAGAGAGAGAGAGAGAGAGAGAGAGAGAGAGAGAGAGAGAGAUGGAGAUAGACGACGUGGGUUGCAUGUUUAGACGAAGUCAAGACUCCCGUGUUUCAGGAGUUUCACGCUACUCUUCUCAUUUUCAUGUCAUUGCUGGUGAGGGGGCUCGUUGCCGAUCAAUUGUACUGGAUGAAGUGUUGAGUAGGGAGGUUUCGGUUGGAGUUUUUUUCGGGUGUGAUAAAUACUCCCAAGUAAUACCGUUUCGCAGAUCGUUCGGUGGUCCGAUUCGCUUGGGUAGUUUUCAGGCAAGAAUGGGCUGAAGGGUAAGCACGGCCGGCCCAGGCGUUGAGAAGCCUACUCGACUCCAUUGGCAGGUAGCCGGGGAUUGUUGGUGGGGCGAGCGAGGGCGCACGAGUGAGCGGGAGGUAGAGAGAGAGGAGCGAGCGGUAAAAAAGUGGGUUUGCAACGGGGUGUGGGUGGUUUGACUGGAUUCCGUUAUUUUUCUUCGAAACAGAUUCUUCGCAAAUCACUCCCAAGCCCAAGUUGCAUGGUGGGGGGCUAGACGUUCAUUUUGGCGCUGUGUGGAACUUAGAAUGUAGAGGGUCUCUGGCGAUGGCAUUUGCCCUAUUUUCUCUCGUCGCGUCCGAUCUUUCGACUUGGCUGUUUUGUUUUGAGCCUCUGGCGUUGAUUUCCCCAACCUCUGCUGCGGGUGUCUCGUCAUAGUAAGAAAAGUGGUUUGGGGGGGCAGGGCACGGGGACAGAGCUUCUGAAUCUUGUGUACAACUGCAAGACGGCAGCUUCUGCUGCCCAUCCCCCCUCCCCCCCCUGCACGUGAUUUGAGCUUGGGGUGAAGUGGAGGUUCACGCGACGCACCCGGCGUAUGCUUCCCCGUUUUUUUUUUUUGUGUUGUGUUUGGCCGGGCGUCGUGUGUUGCGUUAGUUUUGUGUCUUGGUGUGUGCUUGUUCAAUAUAUCAUCAUACCGGUUUGUGUGUCUUUGGGGCGGCACUGAUGCAACCAAUGUCCGAUAGGGAAGGGAUUCGGUGGCAGGAUGCCGCCCGCCGUUGGUGUUUAUUUAGUGUUUGGCCCAGUCGGCUUCGCGGGGGGAAAGAGUGCACGAGAUGAACGUGGAUCGGUGUGUUUUGCGCGGUAGGUGAGACAUGACGAAACAGCGAGUUUAGCAUAAGGGCAGAGAUUUGGGGCAGAGGGUGCUUAUAGUUUCAUGUCUCCGUCCAUCUGGCAUUUUUCGGCUUGGUUUUGUGUCGAUUGACCUCCCCCAUAUGCAAAAGAUGAUACACGGUUUUUUCGGCGAAGCCCCCCCCUUUCUCGCAAAAAUUGACGACUGUUUCACCGUUUUGGUAGGUCCUCACGUUUGCCCAAGAUCGUUCUCAUGUGUUAUUGAAAGGUAACGACGUAAAAAUUCAUCUUAUUUAUUGUUUGUUCGGGCACGAUUUCAUCGGCCGAGACAGAACGCUUCUGCUGUUCACUGUGGGAUGGUUGGUGUUACUUGUGCUGCGUUGAUCAGCGUGUUUCAUGGCAUAUCCGGCCACCCGCUUCGGAAGGGGGAUUGCUUGUGGUGAUUGUUUUUUGGUUUCGUCAUGCAUUGUAGGGGAGGGGGGAGGAGGGGCGCAAAACGGCUCAUGUUGUCUGUCACAUGUCUCAGGCGAGGAAUAUUGAACGAGGUGACACCCGACAACCCCUCCAACCGAAACGUGGGUGCUCGUAAAUAUUCGACAUUUAUAUGUUUGUGAGUGGUGUGACUGCGUUUUUUGGCAUUGGGGUAAUGGAAGAAGUGCUUCUUAACGAAGCGUCCUCAUUUUUCACGCAAAAGCCAUCAAGUUUGAAGAAGUGGGUUGGUGUACGCCGCGUUAUUCUUCUUCGUUCCGCCACCCGCGCGCACACAACGCGGCCGCGGCUUUGGAAAAAUUGUAGACAAAAAGGUCCAAGGAUGUGAUAUUAACGCGAUGCGCCAGGAGAUCC